AAAAGUCGCUGGCAAAAUAACCGAUGUGCUUUUAUGCGAUAAAACAGACAAAGGAUUUGAUUAAGUACGUCAUAAUAAUUUUCUAGAAUAAUACAAUGAUUUGUACAGUAUCAAAACUAAGUUUUAUAUUGGCAGCUUUAAAUUUUAUUCUGGGUCGCUUCUCGAUUUCUUCGGCUGGAAACGUCAAUUCUGCCAUUCCGGAUAUACCAGAGAUUGCAAAAUAUUUCGGUACAAAAGGCAGAUAUGAAGAGGUAAAUCCACAUCUGAUAUAUGACAUACUGUCUGUGAACAAAUCCCUGUUGAAACCCCCGUCUGCUGAUUGCAACGCAGUUCAUUUAACUGCUCUGAUUAGGCAUGGAACAAGGUAUCCCACGACACAAAAUGUCAAAAAGAUGCAAAAUAUGUCCAGUCUUGUGUUAACACAGGCAAGUGGCAAUGAAAUCUGGCUGCAAGAUAUUAAAACUAAGUGGAACAUGUGGUAUAGCGAAGACAUGGACGGUCGCCUCGUGGAAAAGGGCCGAGAGGAUCUCAGGCACCUGGCUGUUAGGCUGGCUACGGCGUUCCCAACUUUGAUCUCUGAAGGAAAUUUACGUGGUAAUCGCAUCAAAUUUAUGACCAGCUCAAAACACAGAUGUGUGGAUAGCAUCAACUCUUUCAAACAAGGACUAAAGAAUCUCUGGAAUAUUGAAGAUAUGGAGUUUGAUCAUGAAGUGAAUGACGAGCUGAUGAGAUUCUUCGAUCGGUGCAGAAGAUUUAUCAAAGACGUUGCCCAAAACAGCACAGCUCUUGCAGAGUUUGAUUUGUUCAGGUCAAGAGCUGAAAUGAGGAGUGUACGGGAGAAGGUUGCUGAUCGCCUGCAAAUUCCGCACACUCAUAUCACAACAGAUUUAGUCGAGGCUGCAUUCUAUUUGUGUGCUUAUGAGUUUGCCAUCAAGACCAUAAACUCCCCAUGGUGCAGACUCUUUGAUGAAACAGAUGCCCAGGUUUUGGAAUAUGCAAGUGACCUGAAACAGUACUGGAAGAGGGGCUAUGGUCAUGAGAUUAACCAGAAGUCUAGCUGCUCUCUCUUCCAUGAUGUGUUCAACCGCCUUGACCGCAUUGCUAAUGCAAGCAGGUUUGGUGAUGUGACAGAAGCGGUGACAGUGCAACUGGGCCACGCAGACACCCUCCUGCCUCUCCUGUCCCUCAUGGGCUUCUUCAGAGACGACGUGACCCUCACCUCCGACAACUACGCCGCGCAGCAGAACCGCACCUACCGCACCAGCCGCUUCAUGCCCUACGCCGCCAACCUGGUGCUGGUGAUGUACGACUGCUCUGAGGGUCUCAGGCUGCAGCUCCUGCUCAACGAGCAGCCUCUGGCCUUCCCCAGCAUCAGCCACCCCGCCCCUCUGUACCACGCCGUCAGAGAGGCCUUCCAGGACCUGCUGCAGGGCUGUGAUUUCCGCAAAGAGUGCGAGAUGCCCUGAGUCACCCGGAGCACCGUGUGCGCACAGCGCUGAUCUGAAAAUCUUCAAGGUGUAAUUUUAAGACCCUUUGCAGAGGAUUUUGCAUAGUUAUGCCUUGAGCUGUCAGCUAUCAGAAGUGAGAUUUCCUUAUUAAAUUGUUUAGUGUUGUUGUACUACUGCAGGCAUUUGGAGUUUCCAAUAGCUUUCCUUGUCUUGGCUGUCUUUUCUUUCGCUUUUAUUGAAUUCAAAGUAGGAAAACUUUAAUAUGGCUGCAGCAUCAGCGUCCAGCUGCUUUAUGCAUUUUAUUAGAUGAAGAUGUAAAAUAAAGACUUGC